CUCAGAUUUAAAAAAUAUUUCCUGCAACUAAAUUAUAAUGGAUGACAUUGUGGUGUUGUUGAUAUUCGUUUGGAGUACUAUAGCAGCAGCAGGGUUUUUGCAUUACGUGUUCUCCAACUUCAUCAGACACCAUCAGGCACCAGAUACUACAAAAAGGACUCAGGACGCAGAUCAUGAAGUCCAUGAUUCUAAACCAGAAGAGGAAGACGCCUCCUCAAAAGUAACAUCAAUUCAAGUUACUCAGGAGAAUACGGAAAUUGUGAAUAGCGAUGAGAAGAACAUUGCGGUGAACGUUCCUGGAGCUAAACUUCAAAGUCUCAUUUGGGAUGAUGCUGUACGGAGAAGCGAUAAUGAAAGGCACAGUCCUUCUUCAGCUCUGAGGGAUGAUAUUGAUGACGACAGCUCUGAGCGAUUCCAUGAAUAUGAAGUACCACCACCACCAUAUGUAGCAGAACAACCUCGUCAAGAAACACUCCCUAAGGCAGGCCUGGGCAAGUUGCAGCCCGCGGGCCACAUCCGGCCCACGGCAACAUUUCAUCCGUCCUGCGAGCAGGAGGAUUUUGUGUAUGAGGACGAAAACCAACCACAUGACCCGCCACCUUCGAUAGCAGACACUGAAAUAGAACAGGAUUUUCGCAGUUCUUCUGUCAUGAGUAAGAAGAUAAUGAUAACAGUAUAUCAGGCUGAAGAUCUCCCUAUGAGACGUCAAACACCACCAUCUUCCGAUGACGAAAACAAACCUCAUGACCCGCCACCUUCGAUAGCAGACACUGAAAUAGAACGGGAUUUUUCAUUUCCCAGUUCUUCUGUCAUGGGUGAAGAAACAACGCCGAAAAAAGAAAAGCCAGCCGAAGAUCUCCCUAUGAGACGUCGAACACCACCAUCUUCCGAAGACGAAAACAAACCUCAUGACCCGCCACCUUCAAUAGCAGACACUGGAAUAGAACGGGAUUUUUCAUUUCCCAGUUCUUCUGUCAUGGGUGAAGAAACAACGCCGAAAAAAGAAAAGCCAGCUGAAGAUCUCCCUAUGAGACGUCGAACACCACCAUCUUCCGAUGACGAAAACAAACCUCAUGACCCGCCACCUUCGAUAGCAGACUCUGGAAUAGAACGGGAUUUUUCAGUUUGCAGUUCUUCUAUCGUGGGUGAAGAAACAAUGCAGGAAAGCGAAAAGCCGACUACCAUUCCGUCAUUCUUGCCCAGACAACGUGAUGAAUUUAUAGACAAUUCGUUCAAUCCAUUUUCCUUUACUGUCGGUCGUAAUGGAUGCGUUGUGAAGACUCCAUAUGCUGAAAUUAUAUUUCCUUGCGAUGCGGUCGAUGAAAAGAUAGAAAUAACAGUCCGACCUGACUAUUACAGAUUGAAAGAAAAGCUGAUUGAUGAUUCUCGCAUAUACGUUUCACCAGAAAUCUUUUUUGAAUCAAAGGACGAGAUGACGUUUAAGAAUGAAGUGACAAUAUACCUGGAAGUCAUGUACUCUGCAAUUGAUCCUGACGAUCCACUUAUUCUUAAUGUUGAGAGGAUUGACGAUGGUGUUGUGGAGAAAUAUUUGAAGUUGGAGCAUGGACAAGGUACAAAAGCUGAAUUCAAAGUUAAAACCUUCUGUGGGUUCUGCAUCUCUGCUCUGAAAUCUGAGUAUCCAAAAGCCAAACGGCAUUUUUACUCAAUUAUUUGUCUUCGUCAACCUCCUAAAGAAACUCCAACGCAUCAUCAUGUCCACUGGUAUAUUUUCGAUCGGUGUGAGAUUGAGGUUCGCAGCAAAUCUGCUUCGAUAAAAGACUUGGGUUUUUACACUCUGGGACUGCCUGAAAGUUUUGCUGUCAAGUACGGCAGAAAUAUUCGGCUGCGGUUCCAGUCGAAUCGAAAAGUUCGAAUUGCAAGCAGAAAAGUCGAACUGGUGCAAUUUUGGGGUGACCCAUUGAGCAGAGAUGAAAAAUUCACCAUUGAUGGCAAUAAGAUAGAUCUUUCAGGGGGUGAAGAUGAUGAAGAGCCGGUGAUAAAGUAUACUAUAACUGAGAUAGAUGCAUCGAAUGAAGACACAUCCGUUGUACUGUAUAACUCUGUACCAUUUAGUUGGCUGGUCCCUGCUUACAAAACAGAGUUUGUGAUGAAGGGUGAUAACAGCGUUGGUGUUCAAAACACAUACUAUGAACAUACUAGAAUGGAAAUACCAGCAAAGCAAACACCGCACAGUGGCCAAGUAGCACAAAAUCCAAACGAAGGAAACGCUGUGGAUGCAGUUUAUCAAGGGCAGUCUUGUGACGUACAGGAACGAAGAUUCAACCAAUGUCCGGCUGGUGGAGCCAUAGGUGGUCACAACCCUGAUGAUCACCGAAGAAAUGCACGUAUAAAUUACGGAAGCAUGCCCUCGCAAAGGUAUAACCCCACAUCUCAAGGUCAAUUAACCUCAGAUGAUAGGGCCCACUCAAGUCAAGGCCAGAAUGUGGUCGGUUAUAACUCAACAGAGACUGUUGAUUAUAAAAAUAAUGAAGAGCAUCUGCACAGCAAUCAGCAUCAACUACCAGGAAAUCGGUCCAAAGAUUUUGAGAAUGAACAGCAAAUGGGGGAAUCAAGUGGUCAGAGAAUCCCAAAGCUUAGCGAUUCAAAAAGUAGUGGAGGGUCUAGAAAAAAAGAGAAAGGAAAAAAGGGUUGGAAAAGUAUUUACGGAAGAAGUAAAAAAACUAUUUCAUGUCUACAAGAAAGUUUCCAGUCUCCAAUAAACGAAUAGAUUUUAUAUAUACGGUAUAUAAAUGCUGAUGGGAUCUCAAUUCAUAAACGACUUUAGGCUUUCCUGGAUGAAGUUCAGAUGUUUGUCACUUUACCAUUUUUAUUAUUUUGCCAUUCAAAAGUUCUGAGCAAUGAUGAUAAUAUUUGUAUAUAUUUGAUUUGUCCUUUAAUAGUUAAAAAUAUUGUCAAGAAUUAAACUUUCUGACGCCCUUGAAGAGCCCACCACAAUGGCAUUCUCCCAGAAAUGUUGUGAGCCUUGAAAUAUAAUGAUUUGUGUAGUUACUUACACUUAGCAAUUGCGGUGUAUGUAAUUACACAAAACUGUAAUAUUUCUUUGAAUAGGAUCUCCAUAUUUACCAAUGUGGCUGUAGUUAUCGACUGGCAAAAUUUAUUAUACUGGUCAUGAUUGGAUGUAACUGCAACGCUUGAUUACCUUAACUUAACCAUAUUUAGACUAACCAGAUUAGACUAACGCUUGAUUACCUUAACUUAGCCAUAUUUUUAUGUUGAAGGGUCCUGCAAUUCUCCUACAUAUUAUCGUGGGGUGGAUACAUAAUGAUUAGCAAAUUGAUAGGCAAUCUUAUUUCCAAGUAAUUUUAAGCUAGUUGGACAGACACGAAGAGAACCUAUGGAUCGUUUUGUGGUUCAUGUUGCUGUAAAAAAAUCGCUUCUCUUCAACUGCUGGACCAAUAGCUUUGAAAUUUUCAGUGGCUAAAGAUUACUGUUGUCGCUAGAAUAUCUAUUAUUGCUUUUAAAAAAAACUUGUGGGCCUUUUGUGGGAUUAUGUGUGAAAACAUCAGCAAGAUUGCGCACUGUGGAAGUUCGCAUUCUUUGCUAUCUGGUGAUCAGCCGAAAUUGGAAAGUCUGUAUUUGCCGUAAAAGAUUAGAUACCUUACCAAUUCGUUUUGAUCUUUGUGCCGAUAUAUUUUAGCAUUGCUCUCUUUUUUUAACUUUUGAACUUUUAUUAUUUACCCGUAUCUUUGAAUCUAUGAAUAUAAAUGAGCUACAUUAAUCUGUGCAGAUUUUAAAUUUUUUCAGAAUAUAAUUUUUAAAAUUUGAAA